GGAGGAAAAAUAAAUCAUGCAAGCAAGUAUAGCAAACACGCCACGAGCUAACUCGGAUUACUGGAAGUCCCUAUUUAGAUAUCAUUCGGUGCCAUCCUCCCCUUGUAGAGAAGUGGUGAUUGGGUUAGAAAGGAUUUGGGCGUUACACGUCGCGGUUAAAUUCACAAUUUAGUUUUCAUUAGGAGUAUUCAACGGUAAAACAUAGCGACACAUCACUCUCAGGGAACCGGACUGGAUUUGUAACACAUGGCUUCUUCACACCAUCAAAACGACUUGUCUACCGGUUUCCACCCUCAGUUCAAAUCUUUCGCAACAGAGGCGAUCCACGUUGGGCAAGAACCGGAGCAAUGGAAAUCUAUGGCCGUGGUGCCACCUAUUUCUCUGUCCACCACGUUCAAGCAGUAUAGACCUGGAGAUCAUGCUGGUUUUGAGUACAGUCGGAGUGGAAACCCGACCAGAAACUGUCUGGAGAAAGCUGUUGCUGCUCUGGAUGGAGCAAAACACUGUCUUGCUCUUGCCUCUGGGCUGGCUGCGACUAUGACCAUCUCUCACAUGCUGAAAGCUGGAGAUGGCAUUGUCUGCAUGAACGAUGUGUAUGGAGGUACCAAUCGUUAUUUCCGAAAGAUUGCUGCAGAGGGUGGCUUGGUUGUGUCCUUUGCUGAUUGCACCAAAAUCGAGUUGCUCCAGGCUGCUCUUAAGCCGAACACAAAAUUGGUAUGGAUCGAGACCCCCACCAACCCCACCAUGAAAGUGGUGGAUAUCCAGGCCUGUGCAGCUGUGGUCCACCAACACAACACUGAUACCGUGGUGGUUGUGGACAACACUUUCAUGUCAGCCUACUUCCAGCGCCCCUUGGCCCUCGGCGCAGACAUAUGCAUGUAUUCAGCUACUAAGUACAUGAAUGGUCACAGUGACGUUGUAAUGGGCCUGGUGUCUGUGAACCGUGAGGACCUGUAUGACAGACUGAGGUUUCUACAGAAUGCCCUCGGAGCGGUACCGUCCCCCUUUGACUGCUACCUGUGUAACCGCGGCCUGAAAACCCUGCACCUGCGCAUGAGGCAGCACUUCAAGAACGCCCUGGCAGUGGCCAAGUUCCUGGAGGCCGACCCCAGGGUGGACCGAGUCAUCUUCCCAGGCUUGCCCUCCCACCCCCAGCACGAGCUGAUGAAGAAACAGUGCACAGGCUGCCCAGGGAUGAUCACCUUCUACAUAAAGGGAAAACUGGAGAAUGCCACCAUGUUCCUCAGCAACUUAAGGUUGUUUGCACUUGCCGAGAGCCUCGGUGGUUAUGAAAGCUUGGCAGAGCAUCCGGCGAUAAUGACCCAUGCGUCUGUUCCUGAGAGUGAUAGGGCCGACCUGGGGAUCAGUGACACAAUGGUCCGUCUGUCCGUGGGGCUGGAGGACGAGCAGGACAUCAUCGAUGACCUGGAACAAGCCCUGAACGCUGCUCAUCCAAAGAAGUAAUAUCUUCAGGACGUCCCAUAACCAGAGGUGGUCUGUCGUCAGCGGGACGGAGUGGAGGCAGGAGUACCCGGUGUUUAUAGCCGCGUACAAGAAGAGAGCGACGCUUUAGCACAACGCACACAAACAAUGAUGAAAUCAUCAGGGAACGACCUGCUCUUUAAACAUUACGUCUUAAAUUAUUUAAUUGAUUCUUUGGAUGCUGAUUUUAUCAGGAGCAUUUCCAAGGACUUUUUAAUCCAUUUGGCUGCUUUUGCAUUAUUUUUUUACGUUAUAUUUUGUUUGGAGGGUGUUGAUGGGGAAUUGUGAAUGAGGUUCUUAUUCAAUCAAAACUGGUAUCCGGUACACUAGUGUAAGGCAAAACACUUAUGUUAACUAAAUGAAGGACUGGUAUCCGGGACACUAGUGUAAGGCAAAACACUUAUGUUAACUAAAUGAAGGACAAAGAAACUUAGACUAAUGAACCAUAAGGUCUUGCUCUGGAAAUGUCUGGAUAGCAGUUUUGAUUAAAUAUAACUUUGUCUGGCUCUAUCAAAUGUAUGCCUAGUAAAGGGAGAGUGGGGAAGCUUUGCCCCCCCAGAGAUUGUCUUAAAGUUGGCCAGUGAGGGAGUGCCAACUUGUCCUUGCCGAGCAGUUUUAUAUUUUUAAUGGAAUGACAAACUAGUGCUGUGGUAGGAUUAUUCUUUGAGCUAUGUGGUGUUGCUGAACUCAACCCAGAGUUCACUGUAACGGGCUUGUUCUCCGAUCAAAACACAGUGACAUCAGGGUUUUCUAUCUGAGGAGAACCAACCCCACGUUGGAGCUCUCUCUCAUCUGACGGUGUAAUCUAUCACAUAUCAUAUCUGCCUGCUACUUAAUGAAUGUGCUUUGUUUGACCAUUGCCAAACUCAAUAAAAUCAGUUUGCAGUACAUUAA